AUGGAUCAAGGCAAAUACAUAGAAGUAACUAUUGUCGAAUCAGAAGAAAUUCCCACAUCUGACACGUGUUCUAUGAAAGCUUCAAGCACAAAUCAAGCUCACGACAGAUCCAAAGUUCCUCAUCAACGUCUUCAGAACGUUUCAAUUUCUUCGAACUUUAAAUCAAACAUCGAGUGUCCGUCAUUUCAGAGAAGAACAGACUGCUUCAACAAAUUGGAUCAACCAUUAGAUAUUGAUCUGCUGUUACGAUAUUAUGCGUGCAAUUCUAGCAUGGAAAAAUCUAUUAACAGCGUUCUCAAAAGCAUCAAUGAGAGGUGUUUAGAUUCUGUCGAAGGUUACGAAGAUACUCGAGGUCCCUUAGUUGAGCUCCGUGCAGCCUCUAAAAUUUGCGAUUCGCUAAAAGAAUCUUCAUCCCCAAGCUCUCUCUUUCGAUUUCACGAUAUUUUGUCGAAAUUACAGCGUCUGAUCGGUUUGUGCAGUGAGAAAAAAUUGGACGAAAUUCUGUCGAACGACCCCUCGAUGCAAAUGUGUAGACACUGUGGCGUGAUUAGUUGCUCAAAAUCUUUGAAUCCAGUGGAACCCAGAAAGUCUCCUCCGAACACUUCUUACUUUUUAAGUACAGACAUAUUUUCGAGUAGUACAGAAAUAGAAUCUCGGAAACAGAUAAAAAAAUCGAACAAAAAGGAGCAAGUGAAGAAAGAAAGAUACGAUCCGCAAAAAAAAUUUACUUCUAAACAUUAUAAGAGUAGUAAAAAGAAUUGUAUGAAACAGGAAAUUGUGAAUCGACGGGUGGAAACUAUGGUAGCCGAGCGAGAAAAUGAUAGUAAGAUUCCUGAAAAAGUAAUUGAACUGCUGGAUCAAAAAUUGUCACCUUUCAGAAGAGAAGAAGGAAUGAAAACUGAUUCAGCAAUUGAAUUGUCUCAGACGAAGAUCGAUAAUAUCAAAUCUAAAAAUGUAAUUAAAAACAACGCUGGUGCCAAUUUUGCAAAUGGCUUUUCGUCCGAUAAACGUUUCGACGAUUAUAAACAGGAGGUAGACGUAUCGUGCAACAAAAAUAACCUAAACGAGUCUACCGAAAGAAUAGUGAAGGACAUCUUGUACGAGACACCGAAACGGGAAUUUGAAGCAGAAAAUUUGAUUACAGGUUCGAGAUGUAAUCAGAAUCGGUUGACAAGUCCGCAAGAAAACACUCAGCUUGUUAAUGUAAUGGCGUGUUUGGCACGUGGCCGUCCUGAAUUGUUAGGCAAAAGGAAGAAAGAACUCGUUUCGCAACCCGAUGAAACGUGCGUGCAUUCUAGAUGCUCCGACCAACAUAGUUUCAUUCUGCACGCUGGCCAAAAUGAUAAUGCGCGAUUAAAUUUAGAUUCUUUCAUGCACGAACCGAUAAGCGAAAAAUCGAGGAGUUCUAAACGUUCAAGCGACCUUAGAACAAGCAGGUAUAAAAACGAACAUAAACCUCUCAAAUCCGUGGAGUCUUUGACAUGUCUCAUGGAAGAAGAUUCACUGGAAAACUGUGCGAACAUAGCACAAUCUACCGAAAGCGAAAUCAGUUCCUCGUCUUGCGAAAAUAUGAUUCGUGAAUGGGUGAAGUCUUCAAUGGAUAAGGAAAUUAAAGGGCAAAUUGUUUCAGAACAGUCUACAAAUCGUUCGGAUGCAGAACUGGGUAUUCAAGCUACAUCGAUCGCACAACGCCAUUAUGGGACCCACAGUCUGAAGAAAACAUGGCGGUCCAUGACGCCGAGGCGUCCACAGAAUUCUUUCGGACAAACCAUGUCGCUUGACUCAAAGCCUGUUCAACGAUUCAAGGCCUUCAGAAAAAUCGAGAGUGCUGGAGGGAAAUUCUUUAGGAAACAAUCGUUUGAACUCUUCAAGAAGCGGUCUACAGAAGAUAUGAACGCGACUAUAAAGCUUCCUGGCAAUCAUUCUCUGGGUGAUUAUUUUAAGAACAUUAAACGUCGGAUUGUUUACAAUGAAUCGUCCUUGAGGAAGGUUGUUGAUGCAGGAAUACCAGAAGAAGUAGAAGCGUUAUGGUUGUACAGGAAGGUCCUGGAGAGCACGGAGAGGAUGGAAUGGCAGAGUUUUCAGCGCUUCGUCGAGGAACUGCAUCCUAACCACAAAGACCUUUGGCGUAGCAUUUGCGAGGUUAUCAACAGCGAAGCACGUAGAUUGGAGGAAAGUUAUAGCACAGAAGUGUGUAUAGAGAUCACUUCCGCUUCCUCCAAAGAGAGCGGAACGUGCGACGACGAGAUCGUGUUCGAGAUGGACAUUACACUCGAGGAAGUGAAGAGGUGUCUCCAUAGGCAGUUGGCUUCCACUGAGAAAGCACAACUUGACAUUCUUCAGAGAGUCAAUGAAGUUAUUAAAGUUCGAAAUGAUGACGUUUGUGAUACUGAAGCACUCUUCAAUCAAGCUGAAUAG